UUGAAUACAGUCUGCGGCGUUGCUAGUAGUGUCACUGCAGUUGAUGCUCCAGCGAGCUACUGUAGAGUUGCUACCGCUGCUUACAUUUUUGCAACACCCGCGCUGUGCGCUGGGGCUCAGCCCCCUAAGCUGACUCCUCAAACCUUAGUAUCCACCUUCAUUGUCGCUAGCAGCUAGCCAAGCUGCUGAUAUGGCACUCGCGCACGGUCGCGCCCUAACAACACGUGGCGGCUCGGGCUCGGACAGCAGCCGCGGCGGACGCGCCCCUGCCCCCCGCGGCCCGGGGCAGGCGCCUCCGCACGGCCUCCUCCGGUUGCUCCCUGCCUUUGCCCCGGCGCCCGCAACAGCCGCAACUGUUGCACGGGGAGGCUCCGUCUCCGCCUCCGCUUCUGCCUCCUGCUCGUCCUGCGCCUGCUGUGGGGCUGUUACAGCCCCGUCAGCCGCAGCAAGGCCAACACCCGCAAUGGCUCCGCACCCCUACCGGCAGCCGAGUGCAUGCCGGGGUCUCCGAGCGCUCCCCCGGAGUCCUGGCACCCCUGCCGCCGCCAGCCGCAGCAGCAGCAGCAGUAGCAGCAGUAGCAGCGGGCCUCUCAGACGAUACGGCGCCAGCGCAACAGCCGGGGCCGCGACGGGCGGCAGCGCCGGCACUGGCGUCACGGCCGCGUCCGACGCCACUCCCACGUCCGCCGCCUCGCCCUCGCCCCCGGCGUGGGAUCCCGCCGCCCCCGCGCCGCCGGGCCUGUUGGGAGACUGGAGUGAGCAUGCGGUGUGGCAGGCCGCCAUUGAGUCGGCUGUGGGCGACUCGUCCGCCGGCGCCGACAGGGGCGCUGCCGCCGCCGCGCUACUGCGCUCGCUGCAGGGUCUGCGGCUGCUGCUGCCCGACCUGGGGCCGCACUGGGAGGAGCAGCUGGGGGUGCAGCAGAAGCUGGUGGUCAUAGAGCACAUGCUGGAGGGCACAGCCGCCUCUCCGGCGCCCGCCUCCUCCCCUGCUGGCGAACCCUGCCCCAGUGACAGCCCUGCCAGCGCCGCCCCCCAGUGGGACGUGUGUCUGUACGGCAAUGCGCAGCGGGCAGCGGGCGAGCUGCGGAGCCUGGCGCCCUUCUACCGGCAGUACGGCACACGGACCACGGAGUCGUGCUACCAGCACUGCACCUGGGUGCUGGGCGAGGCACUCAUGGGGGCGGCACGCAAUUACAGCGGCCCCGGCAGCACGCUGCUCCGCGCGCGAGACCUGGCCGUGGCGGCGGUGGCGGUGCGGGGGCUGCGGCGCGCGCACGAGACGCACCUGGGCACACUGGCGCGGCUGCAGUGCAGGCUGGCGCUGGCGCUGCCGCAGGUGGGCGAGCGGCUGGUGCAGCUGCGCACCGCCCUGGCCGAGCAGCCGCUGGGCCCGGGGGCUGUAGCAGUGGACGUGGGCCGCCUGGCCGCAACCAACCUGGCGCUGCUACUGCCGCCCGCAGCCAUGAAGGCACCAGCAGCAGCACCAGCAGCACCAGCGCCAACGGACACAGCAGCCGCCUCUGCAUGGAGUGGUGAUGGCGGCGACGGCGACGGCGCUGCCGCGUUGUAGCAGGAGGGAGGGGGGCCAGAGGUUGGCGUGCCCCGGCCACCGCAAGGGGCGCGGCGCACCUAUACACUUCAGAAAGGGGGGGCCCCUGUCAAGUUGGUAAACACACGUUCCCGGCCGCCGCCGACUGCACACAGCCAUUAUUUAAGCCAUCCAUUACACGAAGCUAUUGUACACAAGGUAGAAGGAGGAGGAAUGAGCAGUAAAGGUACCUCCCCUGGUGAGUGCGGUAUAAGACACGUUAGGGCUGUAGCGCCAUGCGACGCUGCGGUUGUUGUCUGGCUGAACCUACUUGGAGUCAGGUGGUGGCUGCAGCCGGGGAAGCGGAGGUGGGGACAGGGUCUGGGGGCGAUGGCCGUGGUAGGCUCGGACUCGCUGAACCCUUGAAGCAUGAGGACAUUCAUGCUGAAAUGUCUUAUCUAAUCGUUC